AUGAAUGAAGUAACGGCUUCAGAUAAUAAUUCGGCUUCCAGCUCAACGUCAGGUUCUACAUCUGCCCUAACUGAUGAACAACCUCCAACAAAGAAGAUGAAAGUUGUUCCAAAUAUAGCAGAAGAAUUAGCAAAGAAUCGGUCACCUCCAUUGAGUAACUCACAUAAUAACGUUAAGAAGCAGAUAUCGAUAUCAUCUUUACUAUCGGACCCUCAGCCUCCUAAACCAGUAAUCCGUGCUCCUACAAUUAUUCUUCCCUCACAGCGACCAGGAACAUCCAACAUUGAAGAAACAGAUACAAAUGAUAUCUUAAUUGCCAGAACGAAGUCUCCGGUGAGUGUUCUACUGGAUAGACCUCAAAGCAAUACACAAAAUCCAACAGAUUCACACGAUAGAGGGUUAACGAUACCGGUUACCAGCAUCGAUACGCUGCUGAAAAACGGAUCAGCAAUGAGUACUGCUCCUGCAACGGAUUCUACGAAUGCAGCUUUGAAGAUUAAUGGUGAUGGUGAUUCAACUAAAAUCGAGCCUGCGUCAAGUACGACGUCAUCUACGAAAGACCAAAAGACUAAGGGGAAAACAAAGGAGGAGACUAAUAACAAAGUACCGAGGACUACAGCAAAGAAUACGAAGAGCGCGGCAUCAAAAUCAGCAAAAAAUUCUAAAGCGACCACUGCAAAGAAUAAAAAGGAACCAGUAAAGAAGGAUUCAAGAGCAAAACAAGAUAACAAGAAUAAGCAGGAUAACAAACCUAAAUCGGAAAGUUCAACUCCUGGUAGUACUAUUGCAACACUAAGCAACAACACACCGGAGGUUUCAGCACUUAAUGAAACUAAAGUAAAAUUAGAGCAAACAGAAUUGGAAACAGCAGACAAUAAGGAAGAUGCUAAAAAAGACAAGUCAAAGAAGAAAAAAGUCGAAACGCCAAGGAAACUUGUUCCGGCACCAUCUAUCAAAUCGCCAAAGGUAACAUCAAUGGAAGUUAACGGGAAGCCGAUUGUUGUACUUGAUAUUCCACUUCAUGAUGUGUCCAGUAACGACUAUCUCGAUGAAAACGGUCAAGUUGUUUUCAAUGUAUAUAAUUUGAUUCAGGAAAAGUACGGCAGUCAAUUGAACAAAGCUAAACGAAAUUUGAUGGUAGAUCUGAAUGAUGACGUUGAAGCAGCAGAAGAUAAUGAAGGAGAAGAAGCGGCAGAUAUUGAGCACGGUGGUGAAGAUGAUGAUGACGAUGACGACGAUGACGAUGAAGAAGAGGAAGACGAUGUUGCUGCAUCUGACCCGUCAAAGAACAAAGAUAAUUCGGUUUCACCAAAGAAAAAACGCCCACAUCCUUUGAAAGGUAAAAGCAGAAUCGGUAAAUAUGAUAUCGAAGACCCAUUUAUUGAUGAUUCUGAAUUAUUAUGGGAAGAGCAAAGGGCUGCAACUAGGGAUGGUUUUUUUGUUUACUUCGGUCCUUUGAUUGAAAAGGGACAGUAUGCCAGUUUCCAAAGAGUUGACGGUACGAUGAAGAAAGGUGGUAUCAAAAAUCCAAAAUAA